AUGGCUGGACGGAUAUAUCUCUACAAUCUCCCCGUGGAGCUGCUCCAUAUGAUUCUGGACCACCUCAGUAUCGAUGACAUGUUGAAUCUCAUCGAAGACCCAAACUUUCCAGUGGGCGUCAUCCGCCGACAUAACAUCGACAAUGAUGGGCUAGGGGGCAACAUCUUGCAUUCAAUUGCUCGGGUAGGAUGGACGCACAUUCCCCAGAUUAAAAAACUCAUACAGAUACUGGGUGAUUGGGAUACCCUACACUCAUUUCACAAUUUAACACCACUCGGAUUGGCUGCGCGAAACAAACAUUAUGAGCUUUGUCGAUCCUUUAUCGAGGCUGGUGCUGACGUUAAUCCACCAAAAGGAACCUCCCCUCUUUGGAUUGCUACUAGCCAACCAGGUAACAAUGCUGUGAUUGCGUUGCUGGUCAAACACGGAGCAGAUGUGUCUUGGAAGGAUCCUUCGGGCAUACCAAUUAUCUUCAGUGCAGCUCAGCAUGCCAACGCUGAUACCGUAAAUCUCCUUAUACAGUCGGGGGCAGAUGCCAGUGCGGUAUUGCCGUCAGGAAAUACAUUAAGUCGAGUCAGAGACCCCGCAGUUGCCAAAUUGCUCGUUGACCACGGAGCAGAUGUCAACGCCGUCUACACACCUUUUCAAGUGACACCGCUGAUGGUAGCAGUGACACGCGGCAAUUCCGGGCUUGUAGAUUUCUUUCUUGAUGCCGGUGCGGAGGUGGACUACUGCAACAAUCAAUGGUCAUCUGCAUUGACUAGAGCAAUUAUCGGUAAGCAUACUGGCAUUGUGAGGAAACUGAUUCUUGCGGGUUGUGAAUUCAACAAGUCAUUGAGAGACCGAAUGGAUCCUCCUUUACUGCUCGCCCUGGAAAAGGGAAGCGAAGACAUAGUCAGACUGCUCCUGAAAGAAGGGGUGGAUGUUAUAACGCCGCGGAAUAACAGAGGUGAAACCGCUCUAUGUGUAGCAGCGCGACAUAAAUCACCGAGUUUAUGUCAACAACUCAUUGCGGCUGGUGCGGAGAUCAACGCGAAAGAUAAGAAAGGGCGAACACCUCUGAUGAUAGCAAUUUACGCACAGGAUGAGGAAACCACGAAGCUUCUGCUUGAUGCUGGAGCCGACGUUUCUCUCGUCGAGAAUGAUGGCACACAUCCAACUCUUGUGCUAAGUGCUGGAUCAAGCAUUGCAUUGAAAGACAUUGUCAAAUACUUCACGGAAUAUGGCAUUGAAUGGCUUGAUAGACACGUAAUCGACUCUGAAGAGCACGAUGAGAAUCUAGAUUCAAACAUCUCUAUGCUCAAACUUCUCCUUAGUCACGGUACAGAUAUCUCCAAGGCAAACUACAAGGGUAUAGGCAUCUUGCAUAUUGCAGCUUCGCGAGACGAUGACGAUCUGGUGAAACUCUUGCUAGAGCAUGGCGCUGAUGCAUCUUAUAAAGAUCCGAGCGGAAACACUCCUGCAGCUUGGGCUGCUUUGAUGCAUAGCUAUGGAAUUGAAGACUUGCUGCGGGAAGCAGAGGCAUGA